ACCAGUGACGGUAACAAACAUGAAGAGCAAGGAGAAUUAAAAAAUCUUGGACCUGAGGAUGACGCCAUUGUUGUACGUGGCUCCUAUUCUUUCGUAGCUGAUGAUGGUAAAACCUACACAGUUAACUAUGUUGCAGAUGAAAAUGGAUUCCAGCCUGAAGGUGCACAUUUACCCAAUGUACCAAUUGGAAAUUAACACUAAAAUCGAAAAAACGAAAAUACCAAGAG